AUGGAUAAAACAUAUUCAUGGGAUCAUGAUCGGAUGGAAGAAUUUAUGACUAUUCUUUGUCAUAAUGUUAAAGCAGAAGAUUCAAAAAUUAAACCUGAGAUAUUUCUAAGUAUACCUUUAUUAUCAACUUUAGUCAUUUUGUUUUUUAUAAAACAUGAGAAUAAUGGUGAUGACAUUUUCGUACAAAUUAAGGAUAGAGCGAAGGAUAUUACUAGUAAAGAAAUUGUUGAAACAGAAUAUAAUAAUUGGAUAAGAAAUUUUCAACCAAUUAAAAAAUUACUUUUGGAAUAUUUAAUUAUUCAAGAAGACGAUAUAAGAGCUACUCAUAUAACAAGCCUCGUCGAAAAGUGUAGUUUAUUUUUUGAAGAAAUUUUGAAAAGUGAAAAAAUAAUUCACUUGAUGCCUUUCACUAUUACUUUUGCAAUCAUACAUUUUACUGUAUUAAGAGAAUCUUUAAAAUUACAGACGUCAAACUUCGGAAUUAAUGAGUUUAAAGAAAUAAUUUCUCGCUACAAAGAUCACUUUACAAAUUCUUUUCAUCAAUUCUUUACAUGGCGGACGGAUCAAAUAACAACGAAAACAAAGAUUACUAAUGAUUUAAAUUCAACAUCACUUUUUAAGUUUCAAGCUGAGGGGGAGGUCAAAGAUAUAAUUGGUAAUAAGACAGUGAAUUAUUUUGCAAAAUCUUCAAAUGAUCAAAUAUUCAUAAAAGUAUUUGACCUUAUCAAAUUAAGAAUGUUUAACGAAGCAAUAGCAGAUUUUAUGAAGAUGUUUUCGCAUAUUUUUUCGUUAGCUAAUUUCGUUCAUGAUUUUGAACCUUCAUAUAAUAUUUCUUGGCCUCUUAGUAUUAGCAGUUUUUGGGUUGGGCCAUAUGGUAUUGAUACCUUUCCCGAUGGUUUACAUAAUUUUGAUGAUAAUUCUCAUCUACUUUAUAAUAUAUCUGAAGAUGAAUCUGGUGUUAUCACAAAAAUUAAAUUAAGAAGUGGUGAUGUAAUUGAUCAAAUUCAGGCUUUUUACGAAGGCGAUAAAGCCGGUAAAAUUAUUGGAGGUAGAGGUGGAACAGAACAUAUCAUUUCAGAUCUUGAUAAAUCUUCAAAAUAUAUUGUUGCUGUAAAGUUAAUAUUUGGUAUUGGAUUUCUCGGUACAAUAGAAUUUACUUUCAAUGAUGGUAAAUCUGCUAGAUUUGGAAAUCUUUAUCGAUUGUAUCAAGUGACUGGUUCAAUUCAAAUUGGUCCAUUCGGGAAACAUAAUAAAUUUAGAUUAUCGGGCAUUGUUGGAGGUGAAGGAAAACGAACUUUUGUGGCUCAUAUAGCGUUUCGAUUUCAACACGUAGAUGUUCUUUAA